UCAAUUGCAAAAUUAAGUUUGAUAUGCAACCACCCAAAAUUUGAACGUUUAUGUGUUUAAAUAUUCAAAUUCAAAUGCUCAAAAUCAAAAAAAUAUAUCAGUUUCUCUGCUACCUUAAUUCAUAAAAUGAAGUAAAUAAAUGAAUAAAAUGAAAUAAAUGAAUAAUAGCAAGAUUUGUAAACAUUUACCUUUAAGGUUUAUGCAAUUAUUUUCCCAAGUGUAUAUUUUAAAUGAUGAAUGCGCAUUUUUUGAUUGUUUCGCUGUCGCAAUUUAAGGAAAAUGCCCAAACAUAUGCACAUACAUACAUGCGAAUGAAUGUAAAUUUAUGAAGCCCUCGCUCAAUUCAAGUAAAACAACAUUUUUCUGAACUCAAACCGUUUCAGAGACACGAGCGGGUAACACGUAAAUUAUCUCGAUCUGUUAAGUAAUUGUUUAGUACAGCUUUUUGCAUCCAAAAAUUGCAGACAAUUAAAGUGGACAUUGUGCAAAUCUAAUUUAAGUGCGACCGCCUUUAAUUCUAAAAUGAAAAUCAACAGCGAUUCAAACCAGGAACAAUACUACAGACGAAAUAUUUUAGGAAAAGUUAAUGCUGCGGAUUGCGCCAGCUAUUCCCACAAUUUAUUUAUUGAAUAUAAGCUACAAUUAUUUUUCUGGGCUGCAGUAUGCUGCUGCGUUCUCAUAUUUUUGAUUUGUCUGGCUAUAUGUAUUUCUAUAUAUGUAUAUUUUUUAAGCUAAUCAAAGUUAAAGUUAUAAGUGGUUCAAUCUAA